CUGCUCCAGCGUCUGCGCAAUGGGCUCCAGGACUGUGCCAUGCAUACCCAACCCUUCUGGGGGUCACUGACCCACAGAACAAGGCUGCCAUCUGUGAAAGUAGCCCCAGUCACUCCUUUUAACACAAGGGAGCCUGUGAUGCUGGCCUGUUAUGUGUGGGGCUUCUAUCCAGCUGAUGUGAUCAUCACAUGGAGGAAGAAUGGGCAGCUCAUUCUCCCUCACAGCAGUGCCCAGAAGACUUCCCAGCCCAAUGGAGACUGGACAUACCAGACUGUCUCCCACUUAGCUUUAACCCCUUCUUUUGGAGACACCUACACCUGUGUGGUGGAGCACAUUGGAGCUCCUCUGCCUAUCCUUGCGGAUUGGACUCCUGGGCUGUCCCUGAUGCAGACGGUGAAGGUUUCUGUGUCUACAGUGACGCUGGGCCUGGGCCUCAUCAUCUUCUUUCUUGGUUUGAUCAGCUGGCGGAGAGCUAGAUCCUUUAGCUAUACUUCCAUCCCUGGGUCCAAUUAUCCAGAAGGUCAGCACACUUUCUAGAGGCAAAAAUCCUACAACUUCUGCUCCAAAUGAGGAGAUUCUUCCCCAGUACCCUCUAAUCCCCAAAGUCUUCUUGGAUCCUAUGGUGCCCCUGUCCAUGUAAACCUUAGCAACUUGGGGGACCUCAUUUCUAGGAAUAGUCCAUAGUCAAAUUAUUGCCCAAGGCUAUAUUCCUAGGAUGACUAUAACCUGGGGAGAAAGGUUAAAGGACCUUUUUGGGGGCCCCACUGUGCCACAGAGGACAUUGAAACGCUGGUGACCAUCUCUGAGAAAUAAAUUCUGGUGGGAAUAUUGUUUAUCCAUGUCUUUUUCUUGGUGCUCUGGGGAGGGAAUAUGGGCAGAGCAAGGGGCUGGGAUGAUUCUCUCCUACUUGAGUAAAGGAGUCAGGGACUCCUUUUAUUCCCCAUCUAGACACCACAGAAUUUGGGGGUAGCUUUCUGGUUUAUAAUUUGACAGAAGAAAUUAAACUGUGGUGGGAUGGAGUCACAGACUGAGGGAGAGGAAAGGAAUUAACAGUUUACUCUGUUAUGAGUACUAAGUAAGUUUUAAUGAGGAUUAAACGAGUUCAUACUUGUAAACUGCUAGAAUAUUGCCUGGCAUGUAGCAAGCCUGAAAUAGUAAUGUUAAAUAUGAUCAGUUCUUCAGCUUUCUGGGUCAGGCACUGUGCCAGGUGUUUUACAUGCAUUAUUUGAUCCUCAUCACAAUCCUAAAGCAGACCCUCAAAUAGUCAGGAUUUAGGGGCCAGGGCCUAACUUCAAAUUUCAAUUCUAGAUAAAGUUAUUUCUUUCACACCCUGAGCGAGGGAGGAAAAUAGAUCAAGUGCUUAUCAUGUUCUAUGCACUGGGCUAAGUGCUUUAUGUUUAUAUCUUGUUCAUUGCUCACAAUAACCCCGUAAGAACAAACUGUCUUCAUUUCACAGGUGAGGGUCAGAGACGUUAAGGAACUUACCCAAGGUCGGAAAGCCAAUUCACUAUAGAAUGUUUGUCCACCUGAGCUAGAAUUAUGUUUGUCGUUUUGUUGUUAGGUGCUGUCAAGUCAGUUCCGACUCAUGGUGACCCUAUGUACCACA